AUGUCUACCCCAGCAGCGAAACGUCGUCGAAUGGAAGCGGCAAACACUCUCCAAAAACCCUUCCGGUCACCUUUUAAGACUCCGUUCAAAUCGCCCCUCAUCAAAGCCCCAAACACUCGAGCUUCUACUGCCGCAGCCGCAGUCUCUACUCCUCUAUCUUCCAAAACUUCGAGUUCUUACCCUGUCGUGAGCAUCCCAUCUCCAAGUACCGCGACACGUACGAAGAGAUCUUUCACGUCGCCGGUUUCAGCGGCGGUUCUCAAUGCCGACCCAGAUAUUGCUCCAUUACUUAAGGAGCAGAGGGAGUUAGAGAAACAACUGAGGGAAGUCAAGGAGGAGUUGGACAUGGCAGAACAGGCGAAGAAGAUUGAGAAGGAUAGUAAGAAUAAAGAUAAGGAUGGAAGUGGAGAGAUUGACGGGGAGUUGGUAGAAUUAUGUGAAAAAUGGAAGGGCGCGAGUCGAUUGGCAGCGGAAGAGUUGUUUGGGAAGGUUAGAGAUAGGGUUAAUAGGAUGGGUGGACCGAGAGCUUGGAAGGAAAUGCAGAAGAGACAACAGGAGUUUCAAAAUAACUGGGAUCAGGACGAUGCCAAUAACAAUAACAAUAACAAUAACAAUAAUAACGAUUCCGACAAUGAGGACGACGGUAAGGAUUUAGAGAAGCGAGACGUUUAUGCAGAGUAUAGCAUUGAUCCUGAGACGGAGAAUGAGAAGACACAGAGAGCCCCGGGCCUUGGUGAUACUGGGGAGAAUCCUGGAGAGGAAGAUGAGUUUACAAUGGCAAUGAUGUUAAGAACAUUGAAUGUGGAUUUGGCGGCAAUUGGUUGUUGCUUGAGAAGAAGUGUUCACAAUAUUAUCAAUGGCAUGCUCUCAGGAACACUGGCGUACAAGAAGGUAGAACAUUAUCAUGUUAUCAGAGGACAUCAACUCUUCGGUGGUUGA